UCAAAUUAUAAACGUCAAGAAAAUUAUAACCUCAAUCAUUUUGGUAUAUUAAAGUGCAUUCGGUUUUAUAUUAUGCUCUGUUUUAGUUUUAAUUGUGUUAAUAUUUAGUGGUUAAUUCUUACAAUUGGAAUAUAAAGUGAUUCUUAUGAUCCCGUAAACGUAAACCAGUACGACCUACAAAACAAUAGUACCUACAAUGGAUACAAGCAAAGGACUUGACCAUCGUUGCUUUUCCGAUGACAAUUUUAAUGUCGAUUAUUAUUUAUCAACUCACAUGCAUAAAUGUGAUUUACUUACUCUAAGAAAAGAGUUAAAAAAGUAUGGGGCCCAGUUAUACAAUGAAACUAUCAAUAUUUUAAAGACAGAAACUAAAUCUAUUGUGCAUUUUGCUGAAAGUUUAUGUUUGCUUCAGUCAAAAGUAUCUAAAUUAUCCCAACCAGUUUUACAGUUUAGAGAAGAAAUCAGGACAAUUCACGAUUUCAUAACAAAGAUCCAAGACAACUAUCAGAACAUAUCAAGAAAUCUUCAAAACAGUGACCGAGAACAACAUUUAAUUAAUCUUAAAAUAGGCAUAAUUUCAUCAAUCACAUACAUUAAGUGCACUAUAAUGCAUUCUGAUUUAUCUAAAGAAGAUUUAAUGACAUUAAAGUGGCUUGUAAAUGAAUAUUCGUUUCAACUAAAUUAUUUGAAAGAACUAGGAUUUAGUCAUUCUGAUUUUGGAGCUUACAUUAAUGAAGUUGAAAACAAAUUAAAGGAAUGCAUAAAUAAAGCAUUUUUUAAGGCAUUUCAAGAGAAAGAUGAGAAAACAAUUUUAUGCUGCUUAAAGCUUUAUCAAAGCUUAUCAGAGCAAGCAGAAGCUGAAAAAAUUAUAAGGGAAAAAGUAAUUAAACCAAAAUUGAAAAUGAUCUUUUCCCAAGAAAAUCUUGAUAAGAACUCACAAGAUUUAAAUAUGUUGUAUUCAGAAUCAUUACAGAUUUUACAGAAUGAAAUUAAUAUACUAUACACUUUAAUCAAUCAAAAUUCUGAAUUGACUGGAUUUAACUUCAUAAUCAAUAGCUUUUGGAAAGAAGUUGAUAUAGAACUUAUAGAAGGUUUAUCAAACAUUACAGCACCAGGGAAUCCAUAUUUGUUCCAAAAAAGAUUCCAUGAUUCUUGGAACUUUUUACUGGAGAUAAUGAAACAUGAUCCAAAUGCGGAACAAAAUAAAUGUCAGUAUUAUCAAGCUCAUAUAAAACGCUUCAAUUUGCCAGUUUAUUUUGAGAUAAGAUAUCAACAAAUUGGUGCUAAGCUGGAACAGAGCAUUAUUGAGGAUUCAACAAUUACAGGAAACCCACAAUCUGCCCAGAAGAAAUUAUUUUAUUUAAAUCCAACAGACGUUCUUUGGGAAUGUUUAUGUUCAUGUUUUAGUAAAGAAGUUUUUUUGGAACAUUUGACUGACCAAUUUGUUAGACUUUCAAUGCUACUUUUAUCAAGAUAUUUGAAAUGGCUAGAAGAUGUGUUUGCAUCAGAGGAAAACGACAAAAAUAAAUUGGAUAUUUUUUUCAUACACUGCUUAGCUGACUUAAGUGCACUACAAACUAAAGUUGGUUUGAAAUUUUGUGAUCCCAUAGAGUCUAGUAUAUAUAGAAUUCUUCCUGAGAAGGUGAAGAGCAUUCUAGUCAAAAUUUUCAAAACAAAUGGCACUAAAAUUGAAUCAACCGAAAACGUAAUAAAAAAUAAAUUAAUUUUAAGGAAAGUACAGUCAACACAUAAUCAUUUACAACAAGUUCGUUCAAUUCCUCGUAUUUAUCGAAAAACGAAUCGUAGCGCCCCUAAAGUUCCCAGCCCUUACGUGAUAGAUUUAAUUAGCGAUUUAAAACGUUUUCACGAAGCCCAUCAUAAUACUGGUGUAUCCGAAAACAUUUUAGUUAGUAUAAUUGAAAAAACAAGUGAAAAGUAUUUAGAUUUAAUAAAAGAAGUGUUACAUUCUGUAUCUGAAACUGAAAAAUCAUUGAGACGAUUAAAAAAUCGAAGUUUAACUAACACAGAAGAGAUAUUUACUAAUCAAGGAGGUUCUGAAGCAGUUUCUGAUGAAAAGAAAAUUAAAAAUCAAAUUAAACUUGACGCCGAUUAUUACCUAAAAGAGGUCAAACAAUUUCCUAUACAACAAGAUUGUUUAGCAAUAAAUAACCUUUCCCGAAUUGACUUUUUAACAUGAUUAUCUAUUUUGUUAGUUAAAUAAUUAAUUGAUAGUAUAAAAGUGAUAUUUGGUAUUGGUAAAAUAUACAUUCUAAAAUAUUUCUU